AUGAGUAAAAGUCUUAAUACAUAAUAAGCUUUUAGGGAAAACUAUGCAGAUGAUGGCGAAAUUAUCGAGGGCUCAGAAGAUGAUGGAGAGGAAAUGUCAGAUUCACAAGAUGGUGACGGAUCAAUAACAUAGAGUGGCUAAAAAUCAAAGCAUAAAAGAAGGUCAAAGAAUGAUAAUCAGGGCAGAAACUUUAAAUGUGGUUGUGGAAAGAAGUAUCUAUCUUAUCCAGCUUUGUAUACUCAUAUUAAAACCAAGCAUAACGGUUAGACACCUACUGGGACUAAUACAUCUUAAUUUCAAACAGGAAGGGGUAGAGGAAGACCAAGAAAGAUUCAAACUCUUGUUCAAGAUAAGGAAGAGUAGAUGAAAUUUUAGUCAGAAGCUGGUUUAUUGCAACAAAUGAAGCAGCAAAUGGGCCAACUCUCCUACUUAGAAUCUCAUUUGACUGAGGAAAAACUUUAAAAGGAAAGAGACUUGAUAUAAAAGCUUAAUGCGGUAGGUGGACCAACCAACCCCUUAGAAUGGUACUAUGAAAAAUUUGAGGAUGAUGAAGAUGAACUUUAUAUGUUAGUUCAAUAGUAACAAAACAUCAUCUAACAAGCAUUAAGAUAGAUGAAUAUUGAAGCCAUAAAAAGUAAUAUUCACAAAGGAACUCUUUAUUUGGCGAAUUUAACGGAUGAGGAAAGACUUUUACUAAAUCUUGAUUAAAUUCUAGCAAUAUACCUGAUUGAUAUAUCUGAAUAUGUGAUAGUUAACUUCUACAAAGCCCUUUCAGUGUUUGUUUAACUUUACAGAAACUGUAUGAAUGAGAUAGGUUGGGACUUUAUCGCUAAUUUUAAGAUUAUUGAUAACCCAAUAGAAGUAUCGAAAAAUCUUCAGUAAUUCACAACUGUCAAAGAAGCUGAUUAUAUUCCAUAAAUAAGCAAUGAAUUCUUAGUCAGCUAUUUACCCAAAAAAUGCAACUCAUUUGAAAAAAGACUUGCCAUUCCCAUGAUUGAGCAUCUUUGCACUUGGCUAUUGAACAGGAAAUUCACCCAAUUAAAAUUAUCAUUGUUCUGA